AAACUCCAUCUGGCUAUGGAAAGCCCAUGGCAGAGAUUAAGGUUGAAACAACAAACACAUACCUUUCCUUUUUUAAACGAGAAGCCUGCCAUAGCUCCUCCAGUGUUUGUGUUUCAGAAAGAUAAGGCACAGAAGCGUUCUGCUGAUGGGUCCAGUGCAGAGGAUGGAGAAGACUCAGACAGAGAGGAUGGAGAGUACUGUCCUCCAGUGAAGAGAGAGAGAACCUCAUCUUUAACACAGUUCCCGCCUUCACAUUCGGUUUCCAAGAAUAAUGUGUUUAUGCCCUCAAGUUUCUGCCAGUCUCCAACAGGCAACUCCGACUCAGAGCCAGAGGAGAAGCCAGUUGGGUUUCGGUUGAAACCUCCUACUCUGAUCCACGGCCAGGCCCCGAGUGCAGGCUCUUUUGCAGGCGUUCCCAGUCAGAAGCCCAAGGAGCAACAGCGCAGUGUCCUGAGACCUGCAGUACUGCAGGCACCGCCCACCAAGAUCCUCACAGAACCCAGCAAGAGCAACUCGAGCUGUGGAACAAAUGGCGUGGGGAAGUUUUCAGACGCAGCAACAGAAGGCCGGUCAGUUUUCCUGAACAACACAGACGGCUCGGACAAAUCACCGAAGAAAGACAAAGAAGGAGGAGAGAAUGGUGGAGAUAAGACAGAAGAUGGUGCACAGAAGAAGGACGUGGAAUCGAGUUUUGUGUUUGGGCAAAAUAUUAAAGAGAGGGCGAAGUUGGAGGAGAACAGCACAGGCAGUGAGUCUAAAGACUCGACACAGGAGCCAGGGAGCACCAAUUACUUCUUACAGUAUAUGGGAUCCUCAAGCCCUCUGAAUGCUACUAACAACACAGAUAAAGGAGCCAAGUUUGUCUUUGGCCAGAACAUGUCGGAGAGAGUGCUGAGUCCUCCAAAAGGUGGGGAAUCAGCAGUGGAGACUACUAAAGAGACAGCUUCAGUAUCAGAGCCCUCAUCGCAGGAAGCCACCCCAGAGAAAAAUCAUAAUGUGAUGGAGUCUCUAGAGGAGUCAGCAGCAGCAUACACCAAAGCCACCGCCAAGAAGUGCAUUUUGGAGAAAGUUGAGGUCCGCACUGGGGAGGAGUCAGAGAGCAAUGUGCUACAGAUGCAGUGUAAGCUGUUUGUGUUUGAUAAGCCGGCUCAGUCGUGGAUCGAGCGAGGUCGAGGGCUCCUUAGGCUCAACGACAUGGCCUCCACAGACGACGGCACGUUACAGUCCAGAUUAGUGAUGCGCACCCAGGGUAGUCUACGGCUGAUCCUGAACACUAAGCUGUGGGCUCAGAUGCAGGUGGACAAGGCCAGCGAAAAAAGCGUCCGCAUCACUGCCAUGGACACAGAGGACCAGGGUGUAAAGGUCUUCCUCAUAUCGGCCAGCUCGAAAGACGCAGGGCAGCUGGCUGCAGCGCUGCACCACCGCAUCCUCGCCCUGCGGAGCCGCGCCGAACAGGAGCCGGAGAUUACCCCUGCACCGCCUCAGGCUGAGAUCCCACAGUCCAAUGAGGAGGACAGCGAUGACGAGGAACUGGCUAACAGCAGCAGCAGCAUCUCUGCCGCGGGGAACACCAGCGCCAGCGGAACGUCUGAAACUCCUGGCGAGCCCCCGGCAGCGGAGAGCACAUAACACCCUGCACAGCUGCCUGACUGAAAACUGCUCAGCAGGGUUGGGUUUUUCUUUUUGUUUUCUUUUUGUUUUUUUUGCUCCCCAUGGGUGGACAGCCUUAACCACCGUGACUCUCAGCCCAGCGCUGUGGGUCCUUCAGCUCCAACCCUGCAGCUGAGCUUCAGCGUCUCUCACCUAAAACUUGUCUAGUUCAUUUUUUCCCCUUCUGCAUUUAUUGUAAAUCUGAAAUUCAACAUUUUUUAAAUCAUUUUGUUUGUUUGUUUUUUUGGUUCUGUUUUAGUUUCCUGGACUGCAAACAAACAAAACAAACAACAAAAAAAAAGAACAGAAAAGAAAAAACAGAGACUUUUCCAUUUAUGGGUUUGGACUUGGCUGCUCAUCAUAUUGAUGAGUGUGAGGGUAUUCCUCUCUCUGUUUUAAGAUAUGGCACAUGUCACGACUGCAGUUUCUACCGCAGGACCUUUUGUUUUUCUUUUUUUUUUUUCUUUUAACUUUCUUGCUCUCCCUCUUUCUUCUCUCUCUUGCGCUCUUUCUCUCCGUUUCAUGCGCUCUUCUUCAAGCACUCUCGGAUUCAGAUCACAACUCCUCGUCACUCCAUAACGCCGUCACUCAAAAUCAGUCGUCACACAUCCGUUCAGAAGCUUCAUGUACCUACUGCUGAACCUCUAUGGACACACCCGCUCCCAUGUCUCCCUUCUGUUUUUGAUAGCUGUAACCUUCUGCUCUGAUUCGAACUUAUUUCCCAUGGUUUCUCCAAGCAUUUCUGGUUUUCCAUGAGCCAAUAUUCUUACUAGUCUGCUAUGAUGGUAGUUAGGUAGAUCUCUUAUUGAUGUUAUGAAUAAAGGACUAAACCAACACACGGACUGUGCUAUUGUGGAUCUCUGCUUCUAGAAUAACCCCGCCCCCGAGAAGAGGAAGAAAAAAAAGAAAAAGAAAGGGAAUUGACAUUGCCCCGUCGUCACCGUUAUGGAGUUACCAGCAUCUGCCUAGCAGGUUUGCUUAUGGACAGAUGUGCUCAUUUCUGUUUGAUUUGGGGGGGAAAUAAAACACAAAAGUUUGCUGAAGUUUUACGUCAACAUCUCUACAGAUACUCAUUUUUAUUUUCCAUAUUCUGAAGGUUUGUAAUAUGUUAACUUUUUUAUUGUUUUAUUAUAUUAACUUUUUAUCCAUUUUCAUGUCACUGGAGACAGUACAGUGGAGAUUCUUUUUUUUGUUUUUCUUUGUGUGUUGAAAUUUGGAGUGCAUUUAGAAAUCCAACGUGAAUACAGGACUUCUCAUGUAAAUUUCUACGAAUAUAUUAUCAUUUAUUAGAACACCUUGUCUCCGAUCUCCUUUACGAAAUAAAUAGUAAAAUCAAAGUUGAAAAAAAAAAGGAAAAACUUUGAAAUAAAUUUUGUCUAAUGUCAAACAUGUGGUCUAUCCAUUACCUUGUGUUGAAGAAGGUUCGACUUUUUUCUUUUUUUUUACAAGAACUGAAGUGAAGUUCUUAAAGGACUAUAAUGAACAAAGUCUGGAGGUCAUCCAAUGUCAACUAUACUAAUUUUAACAUUAACUGUUUGUGCUGCACUGGUAGGACUCUUAUUAUGACGGUUUCCUGUGAAAGAAUUGAGAAACUGAGCUGAGAGAUGGGAUGGAGUUGAGCAAUAUGGUACGGUAUAUAUAAUUUUGUAUUUUAUAUUUUUGACUGGCCACCAGAGGGGGUCAGAGAUCACUGUUACUAGUAGAGUCUUAUCCAUUUCAUUUGUUGUAAGAGAACAUUUGUACAAUGUAAUAAAUUAAGUUUUCCUUGA